AUGAAUGACCACAAAAAAAAAAUGAAUGCAACCUCUGAAGGCUACUUUGUUCUACUGGGUUUUUCUAAUUGGCCUCAUCUGGAAGUAGUUCUCUUUGUGGUUAUCUUGGUGUUCUACUUGAUGACAUUGACAGGCAACCUGUUCAUCAUUAUCUUGUCAUACCUGGAUUCCCAUCUCCACACUCCUAUGUACUUUUUCCUCUCAAAUCUCUCUUUUCUGGAUCUCUGCUACACCACCAGCUUCAUCCCUCAGUUGCUGAUCAACCUCUGGGGUCCAGGAAAAACCAUCUCUUACAGUGGUUGCAUGAUUCAACUUUAUUUUGUCCUUGCACUGGGAGGCACAGAAUGUGUGCUACUGAUGGUGAUGUCCUAUGACCGUUAUGCAGCUGUGUGUAGACCCCUGCAUUACUCUGUCCUCAUGUACCCUCGUUUCUGCCAUCUGUUGGCUGUGGCUUGUUGGGUAAGUGGCUUUACCAACUCAGCCCUUCAUUCCUUCUUUACAUUUUUGGUACCCCUAUGUGGACAUCGCCAAGUGAAUCAUUUCUUCUGUGAAGUUCCAGCACUGCUUCGACUGUCAUGUGUUGAUACCCAUGCUAAUGAGCUGACCCUCAUGGUCACGAGCUCCAUUUUUGUUCUCAUACCUCUCAUCCUCAUUCUCAGCUCCUAUGGGGCCAUUGCCUGGGCCGUUCUGAGGAUGCAGUCAACAACUGGACUCCAGAAAGUCUUUGGGACGUGUGGAGCCCAUCUUAUUGUUGUAUCCCUCUUUUUCAUUCCAGUCAUGUGCAUAUACCUCCAGCCACCAUCAGGAAAUUCUCAAGAUCAAGGCAAGUUCAUAGCCCUCUUUUAUACUGUUGUCACACCUAGCCUCAACCCUCUAAUCUACACCCUCAGAAACAAAGAUGUAAGAGGGGCAGUAAAGAGAUUAAUGGGGUGAGAAUGGUCUGUUAUACUGGUGACAUGAAUGGUAAAGUGGAACAUCUCUGCACCAAUGGUU